AUAUACUCCAUACUUUACUGACUAACAAAUAAUUCAUGAACUCAUGUUGUAAAAGCUUCGUGACAAAAAUAAUGCCACUGGGCUUGCGGCAGAAUUGAUGCAUGAAAUACAGCCAUAGAAUUCACUGUUGGUUAUAAUGAGGUGGGGUAAAGUACUAAAGUAGCAUUAAUAUACAAAAGAACAUUGAUGAUCUAAUUUGGCAAAUUUGAACCUAUCAUUUCCAUAUUCCACCUACCUACUACCAAAUGCUCACAACAUGAACAUACACCCGAGUUUGACAGAAUGACAGCUGAUAUAGUGAUAUGGUCCAUUUUUUUAGGUCAUUUUAAAGUAAUUGCCGACAUAUAUAGUGAAUGUGCUAGGGAGCAAAAAUAAUUGCCAUUUCUCUUUCAAGUCUCUCAAAGUACACACAAAACACCAGUUUGAGAAAGAUGGAAAGCAAACUUCACAUUGUAAUGUUUCCAUGGUUUGCGUAUGGUCAUAUAAACCCAUUCAUCCAGCUCUCUAACAAGCUAUCCUCCCAUGGCAUCCAAAUAUCCUUCUUUUCGUUACCCGGAAACGUCGCUCGCAUCGAAUCCUCCCUUAAUAACACUCCUCUCAAUCAAGUCAUCCCCCUCACUAUCCCACCAACUGAAGGACUGUCAUCUAACUUUGACAGCAGCUCUGACAUAACACCAGAAACUGGUGAACUCCUUAAAGUAGCACUUGAUCAAAUGCAACCACAAGUCAGAACCCUUUUAUCUCAACUUCAACCCCACAUUAUCCUCUUUGAUUUUGCACACUACUGGAUUCCCUCAAUUGCUUAUGAAUUAGGCAUCAAGGCUGUAAAUUACAGUGUAUUCUCAGCCGUUGCGAAUUCAUAUCUAACUAUCCCAGCAAGAAUCAAUGAUCCAAACAAACAACCCACUGUUGAUGACUUAAAGGUCCCUCCUCCAGGGUUCCCUAAAACCUCAAUCACAUCAAUGAAAACCUUCCAAGCUCGAGACUUCCUAUACCUUUUCAAGAGCUUCAAUGGCUUACCUUCCGGUUUCAAUAAAAUUAUGAGCUUCAUAAAAUCAUGUGAUGCUAUAAUCUAUAAAACCUGCACUGAAAUAGAAAGUCCGUACAUAGAUUACUUGAAAACCCAGAUAGGAAAACCAAUGCUUUUAGCAGGAUCAGCUGUUCCUCCACCACCUUCUGGUAAACUAGAAGAAAAAUGGGAAACAUGGUUGGGUAAAUUCCCUGAGCAAUCAGUUAUAUUUUGUAAUUUCGGAAGCGAAACAUAUUUGGAUAAUGAGCAGAUUCAGGAGCUUACACUUGGGUUGGAGCUCACUGGUCUGCCCUUUUUCCUGGUUCUGAAUUUCGGAACCGGUAGCUUUGACGCUCAGAAUAAGCUAGAAGCAUCACUACCAGAAGGUUUCAGAGAAAGAAUCAAAGACAGGGGAGUAGUGCAUACAGGGUGGGUGCAACAGCAGCACAUUUUAGCACACAAAAGCGUAGGAUGCUAUCUUAAUCACUCAGGGUUUAGCUCUGUAAUAGAGGGUAUUGUGAAUGAUUGUCAGCUAGCAUUUGUGGCUCAAAAGGGUGAUCAGUUUCUAAAUUCUAAGAUGUUUAGUGGUGAUCUUAAAGUUGGGGUGGAGGUAAAUAGAAGAGAUGAAGAUGGGUUUUUCGGAAAAGAGGACAUUUUGGAAGCAAUUAAGACUGUCAUGGUGGAUACUGAUACAGAACCAGGCAAAUCCAUCAGAAAGAAUCACAGCAAUUGGAAAAAGUUUUUCUUAGACAAGGACAUUGAAACUAAAUAUAUUGCUAAUUUAGUCAAGGAAUUAGAAGCAUUGGUUCAAAAAGCUUGAUCAUGGCUUCUGAAGGUCAAUAAGUAAAAGAGUGAUGGGAAAUAAUACAGCAUCUUGCAUUUAGAUUCAUGUUUUUAUUAUGAGAUGAUAUAUUCUUGGCAAUUUUUUUUUUUCUGAAAUAAGCAAUAUUGUACUUUUGUUAUGUACAUUAUAUUGGUGGUUGUUUCAUUAAGAUGACAUGUUCUCAUUUUUUUUACUUAAGCAAUAUUGUUCUCUCUUAUGCUCAUAAACAUUAAGCGUAUCACCUCCUAAAUGUUAGUACAAACUCGAAUAAUUUCAUGACCUAGCACAAGUUAAAACUUUAUGAUCCAAGUUUCCAGCAAGAUUUCCAAUAGGCUUACAUAUCUUGUUCACUAAAUCAAGGAAACUCCAUUAGGAAAAAUUGGAGUUCGUCAUAUUCAUUGGUUGACAAAGGCAAUCUAAACACUACUUACACUUUUUUUUUUUUUCAAUAUUUCAGAAAGAAAAAAGGCCAUAAUCAAGGGUGGACCUUUGUUAGGGCUGGCAAGGACCCGGCCCCCUUGAGUAUUUUUGAGAGUUUUUCUUUAUAAGUAAUUUGAUGUCUAUUACUUGCAUAUAAAAAGUUAUGACAAAGUAAUUAAGUAUUGUUAUAUUUGAACAAAAGGUUAGGGGACCAAACCUUAGUCCUCCUAACUUUUUGGCCUAAAAAGAUAAGGGGAUCACCACUAUUAGCAAGAUUCAAACUCCAAACCUCUCAAAUCCGACCAAAUGAUGGUAAAUACUGCACUUUUAGGUGUAUGAUAUGAGCACAUUGUAAUUGUAAUCAAACAAAUACUCUACUAAAUCUUACAAAUACUUCCUUCGUCCCCUUAAUUAUACGCCUAUUUCUUUCAUUUAUCUCACAAUCUCACAUAAUAGAAAGAAAUAGGCAUAUAAUCAAGAGACGGAGGGUAUACAAUUUAACAAACCCCUGCCCCACUACACAAUACAAUAGCUGCUCCCCAUGAUGUAGUAAAUGAAAAGGACGUAUUCCCUAAAGCCAUCAACAAUUCAACAUGGCAAUUAUUGGCAGGGAGAAAUAUUAGAUGCAUAGGCAAGCUCGGUAUAAACAAUUUUAGCAAUUCAAUCUAAAUCAUUUCCUAUAAUCCAUUUAGAGAGGAUGACAUAAAUCUUAUUCCAUACUUAGAAUUACAAACCAGAAAGAUAAAAUCAAAACGAAUGUAGAUCUCUUUAUUUUUAUGAGUGAUUUUUGGUUCGUAUUAUUUAUUAAUCUACCCUAAAGAUUUAUUAUAAAAGUCAAAAAAUUAAAUUGAAUAUAGAAUGCACAUUUUUUACCAUUAACAUUCUUGAUUCUGUAUAAAUUAAAAUCAUGAAAAGUUGAUACCAUGAAAAUUAGAAAUGAAAUAAAUCUUAUAAGAUCUAACAAAGACAAUGAAAAUCACCAAAGACGAUUAGAAGUUUCAAACUCUUGAAUAACAAGUUGGAAGAACUUCUACUAACAUACUUCGUAGGGGAUAACUCAAACUAGGGGUUAGCAUAAUAGGGUAUCCUGUUAAAAUUUAAUAAACCUGAAUCGAAACCUGUUGAACAGGUUCUUGGAAAUUGAAACCGGAACUGAAACCUGUUGGUACAAGUUCUCCAUUUCACUACCCAAAACCUCUUGUACAGGUUCAAAUUCAAAAGCCUACAGUUCCUACAAGUUCCGAUUUAGGGUACCUUGAUUUUUUUGCUCACCCCUAACUCAAACAAUAUGCUUAUUUGAUUUUGACUUAAUACUUAUUUUCAAGUUUCUGAAAAAACGAAAAUUUAUGCAUAUAUUUUUUUAAUAAUACAAUAUCCAUUUGCAAGGUUUAGGAAGUAACAUGUGGUUUAAAGUUAGAACCAAGGAGCAAGUAUUAGAAAGAUGUAUCAAACUUUAAUUAAUUAAUCACUUUUUAAAAAAUCUUUAUCUUAAUUCUGGAUGGAUCAGAUGUGAAUGAAGGUAAAUUAGCUAGAUAGAUUGAUGGAUAUAUUGGGUGACCAAUAAAUCGUUAGUGGAUGGAGGCGGAUGAAGCAUCACCCGACCCACCUCCGACCAUUGUCAUCCCUACACUUACGUAAUAAUAGAACUAAAGCAUUACAUAAUUCUAGUUGAAUCACGUCAAUCCCCAACCAACAUAAUAAAAACCAUUUAAUAGAACAAUCCUACUUCAGUCCAUUUCUGUUUUAGCUCCAUGUUAGUCUAACAACCACUGUAUCCUAAAAGUCGUCAGAAAUAGUAGGGAUGCUGACUAAAGGUCACACAAAAUAUCUAUUGUAAGGUCCCCAAAUCAUUAUGAUGGUUGAUACACUACUGACUAACCCUAAUUUAAAUUACUCACUCUGUUCUUAUUUGUUUGCUCCAUUAAAAAAUAAUUUAAAGGUAGUAGUAUGGAUACUAUGGAUCAAGGAAUGUAAAUCAUGAUCACACAACAACAAUUUUUAUAGAAGUUAAAAAUAUCGUCAAUUAUAUGUGCAACAAAGGAAUAUUUUAUGUCUCACAAAUAAUACCCUUUUGUUGCACACACUGUAAUAAUUAACGGAGGUAGUAUAUAGUACAAAAGUUCACUCGGUUCACAGCAUAGGAAACCCGCAAAGGCAUUUUCAAGGCAUGCAUAUAUAAUUUAUGUAUCAAUAAACUAUUUCAUUUGCAUGAGGUGGGUAUAAAGACUAUAAACCUAACUCUUCUAGAAUAUCAUAAGUCGUUACAAAAAUAUAAUACAUCUGAAAUAUAAAACUUUCAUGAGUCAUGUAUCUCAUGACAUCCUGGCUUUACCAUUAAGACCUUCAUUUUACACCACAAAACCUAAUUGUCAAUAAGAAAAGGAGCCACAUUGUCACAGAAAUAAGUUAAAAGCUUCAUUAAUUCUUUUUUUUUUUUUUUUUUUUUGACAAGAAAGUUUCAUUAAUUCAGUUUAACUAGGAAGUUUGACAUGUAUCCUCAUUUUUUUUCUAUCAGAAACUAUCCCACGUCUUUUUGCUAAGAGGCACCACCGAUUGCUAAUUUGAUACAUGUAUCAAGAUUCAAGAAUUAGGUAUCUAGUCUAAAG